CAAUUCCCAUCAUACACUCCUUCCCCUCCCUACCGGAAGUUACACUAGUUGGACAAACACAACUGUUCCCUGGCAGCCGAAGUGUACUGUGGAUUAUAUGCCACGUUGAUAUUACGUUUAAAUACAUUUAAGCCCCAUAAUCUAUAACCCAGCUCUUGGGGACAGGUCUUGUGGCCAUGGCGAAAGACCCGUUGGCUGAAGCUGGUCUUCAUUUUGAUGAGCUCAACAAGCUACGGGUGCUGGAACCAGAGGUGGACCAGAAGACCAGGGAGCUCAAGGAGGAGUGUGAAGACUUUGUUGACAAAAUGGGCCAGUUUCAGAAGAUAGUGGGUGGUCUCAUCGAGCUGGUGGAUGAAUUGGCGAAAGAGGCAGAGACUGAAAAGAUGAAGGCUAUUGGAGCCAGGAACCUGUUAAAGUCUGUGGCCAAGCAGAGGGAGGCCCAGCAACAGCAGCUCCAGGCCCUGAUAGCAGAGAAGAAGCUGCAGCUGGAGAGGUAUCGUAUCGAGUACGAAGCUCUCUCCAAGGUGGAGGCUGAGCAGAAUGAGUUCAUUGACCAGUUCAUUCUACAGAAAUAAGGAGCGUAUUGAAGGGCCCGCAGUAUUAGUGUGCGUUUGUGACCAUGUUUCCAGGGUGCCUGUAUUUGUUUUUCUAUGGGUGAUAUCCACUACACUAUGGGUUCACGCGAAUCGCUCAUCCGACCACGACCUUUCUUACACCCCACCCCACACAAGCAAUCCAAAACUGCUCCAACUAAAUCAGACACGUUUUUUUUUGCUUAGACAGCGAGACGGACUACAUGCAACGUUUAGAAGUAACUUGUCACCCAUCUUUAACAGCAAAACAUGUUUGUUUUUUUUCACUAGCAGGUGUCUGAAGUGACAACCCUCUCUCCCAGUUAUACAUAUUAUUAUUAUUAUUUUUUUUAGCAUUUUAAGUGUUGACCGCUUGAAUGUAAUUAGAACCUGAGGCUCUGUAGUCGUCAUACCUUUCACACCGCUACAGUACGUCAGACCAGCAAAUGGGGAAGAAAGCUAUUUACAUACACAAAGGAAUGGAUUUAUACUGUUUAUAUUAAAGGAAUUACUAUGUAUAGAUUGUCUUCCACUUGUAGGGAAGGUAAACGGCUCUAAGUACGGUAUUUGCAUGUUCCUGUAAAUAAUUUCAUGAUUUUGAGGGAAAUUUUUUUUUUUUUUUUGCUGUG